GCAGCGGUGGGGGGGGCGCGCAGCGAAAACAAAGAUGGCGGCUGCGCCGGGGUCGGUGGCCGGGGCGAUUGCGGGGCGACGCACGGGCCGAACCCAUUAGAGCGGCGGCGCCGGGUGCGGGGCGGCAGGGUCGCGGCGGCAGCGGCAGGGCGGCGGGAGCGCGCCGCGCCCUAACUUCCAGCCGCGGGAGCACACCGGCACCCGCCUGCUGGGCCGGCCGGCCGUGAUGUCCGGCGCCGAGGAGGCCGGCGGGGGCGGCCCGUCCGCGGGGCCCACGGGCGCAGUGCCGGCCGGGGGCGGAGCCGGGGCUGGGGUCGGGGCCGGACCCGGGGCAGCUGCGGGACCAGCGGCUGCGCUGGGCGAGGCGGCGGGGCCCGGGCUCUCGGACGAGGCGAGCCUGGCUGGCGCCCGGCAGCUGCAGGAGGCGGCCGGCGACCCCGAUGCGCCGCCCAAGAAGCGGCUGCGGGCAGCCGAGGCUGCCGAGGCGGCGGCGGCGGCGGCGGCGGCCGGCAGCGGGAAGCUGGAGGAGCGGCUCUACUCGGUGCUGUGCUGCACCGUCUGCCUGGACCUGCCCAAGGCCUCCGUGUACCAGUGUACUAACGGUCACUUGAUGUGCGCUGGCUGUUUUAUCCACCUACUAGCAGAUGCCCGGCUGAAGGAGGAGCAGGCCACCUGCCCCAACUGUCGCUGUGAGAUCAGUAAGAGCCUCUGCUGCCGCAACCUGGCUGUGGAGAAGGCCGUGAGCGAGCUGCCAUUCGAGUGCGGCUUCUGCCUACGCCAGUUCCCCCGAUCCCUCCUGGAGAGGCACCAAAAAGAGGAGUGCCAAGACAGGGUGACACAGUGCAAGUACAAGCGCAUUGGCUGCCCCUGGCACGGCCCCUUCCACGAGCUGACAGUGCAUGAGGCUGCAUGUGCCCACCCCACCAAGACGGGCAAUGAGCUGAUGGAGAUCCUGGAUGAGAUGGACCAGAGCCACCGCAAGGAGAUGCAGCUGUACAACGGCAUCUUCAGUCUGCUCAGUUUUGAGAAGAUCGGCUACACAGCCCUGCCACCCCAGCCGGGUGGCGUCCUCAUUGAAUGGGGACACAGCCUUGGGACAGCCGGGGUCUAACCGGAAGGUGGGUGUGUCUGGGUGCCCUGGAGCUGGGGGCCUGCCGUGUGUGCCCAGGGGCAAGAAGAGACUCAUCACAUCUCGGCCUGCCUGCGGGCAGUCACAUUGGUGGCCAUGGGCCUCCUGAGACCCUGCAAGAAGCAGCUCAGGGCCAGGGCUCCAGAACAAGCUGAGGGUGCCCAGCUCAAACUGCAGAGCCGGGAGUGACUGCCCAGGGAAAUGACUGCCCAGGGAAGGCACCCAGGCCCACUGGAUCUCCUGGGCCCUCCAGGCCACUGCCACCACCUUUGGACAUGCUGGGGAGCAGGAGCCAGGCCAGGGCCUGGUCCAGACCCAGACAACAAGAGCACCUGCUAACACUGGGGCCCUCUUCUGUCCAGCCCCCACCAGGCGGCCAGCUCAGCGUCAAGGGCAGUCACAGGCAGCCAGUCACAUCAUGCUGCCUGAACUGCACCUGGCUCGGUGUGGGCCUGUGCAGACCCAAGCAACCGAGUGCACGGGGGCUGCUGCAGCAGCAGAAGGCCAUGGCCCCAGCUUAGUCGCAGCUUCAGCUGCCCUGCUGGGCACUGUGGUACAAAUAAGCCAGGCUGGACCUCAAGGGUCUGGGUGGGUUGUGGCAUCGUGAAUGCAGCAGUGGCCAGGGGGAGCCCUGUCCACUCAGGAAGGACUGGCCACCUCUGUGGAGGGACUUGCCGGCCACAGGCUGUGAUGAAAGGACUGUGUGAUGGCAGAGCCGCCCACUGACUGACUGGCGCUCCCAGAUGCCACCACCGCAAAGCCUUUGGGGCCCAAUGCUCGCGCCUGCCUGCCCGCCGGCUUUCCUGGCAGCUCUGUAUCGGAACCAAUAAAAGUGUACUUGUUCUGAGAA